ACCGCCCGUGCGCACCGACUGUGACUGCGCUCCGUCUCUCCAACAUUCAAACAUGGCGAAACUCUUUGCCAUUAUAUCUCCACCGCCAUCAUCUUCAUCCUCCUCUUCUUCAUCGCUCUCAUCCCCUCUGCAGCCAUCAUCAUCCUCCUCCUCCUCAUCCUCAGCAGCAGCUUUAAACCCGGUACCGUGAUGACCCGGGAGGAUGGAGAAGUUGUCGGCGAGCCUGUCGGAGAUCACUUGGAGCCCGUUGGCGCUGCCGUUGGACGCGGUGGUCAGCAAGUUCCGUCUGCCCACCCUGGUCCGCCUGGCACACGGUGAAUGUGUGGAGGGCCUGUCGGAGGAGGAUGUGGUGCUGUUACACUCCUGUCGUCAGUGGACCACAGUGACGGCCCACAGCUUAGAGGAGGGACACUACGUCAUCGGACCCAAGAUAGACAUCCCCUUGCAGUACCAAGGGAAGUUCAAGUUGUUGGAUGAAGACCGGGACGUCAGAGAUCCAAUCCAGUACUUCUCCAGUGUGGAAGAAGUCGCUGGAGUCUUCCCUGAUCGGGUUUUUGUCAUGGAGGCGAUUACUUUCAGUGUCAAGGUUGUUUCAGGGGAGUUCAGUGAGGACAGUGAGCCAUACAGCUUCAGUCUACAGGCUGGAGACGAGCUGUCACUCAUGGGGAAGGCGGAGCUUCUCUGUGCCACACCCUCGAAGGAAAAGACAGGACUGAGUGCGCUGUUGAGAAGAUUAGGAAAGACUCCUAGAAGUAAAACUCCCUGCCUGGUCUGUAUGAACCAUCGCACCAAUCAGAGUGUGAGUUUGCCCUUUGCCUGCCGUGGACGCUUUUGUACACGUUCCCCUCUUGAGCAAGGGAUGCUGGGAGGAGAACACACUGUGCGCAGUAUCAUUGAACGGGUUCGCCUCCCUGUCAAUGUGUCAGUGCCAUCUCGACCUCCACGAAACCCAUAUGAUCGUCACGCGGUGCGGGAAGGCCACCGCUACAAGCUGCUCAACAUCGUCAGUAAGACAGUAGUGCUCUGCCUUGUGCUCCGCCGACAGGAAGUGUCCCCUUCCCACUUCCUGCUGCUGCGGUGCAUGCCCAGGUUCAACGUGGCGGAAGCCUCGGUCCACACUGCGGCGCUGGAGAGUCUUCUUUUACGACACGCAUUUGACCCUGAUGCAUAUUCUCGUGCUGUCAGAGAAACUCGCCCAGAGCUGGAGUGUAUGACAGAGGAAUGUGUGAGUCCACGGCGCUCCCGCAUGUGUGUGUCAGGUCAGGACUCCCUUGCUCCGGCCCUGCAGCGGCUGUCAAUGUGCGGGUACGGGGGCGGGGUAUCAGACAGCCUAUCGCAACGCUGCAGAGACUCUAUUGGGGAGCGACUGGGGGAGGGGCCAGGUGAGGAGCGGGAGUAUAUGACUCCUGAGUGGACUGAGGCAGAAAUGAGGACCAGUGAGGAGAUCCCAUAUGAGGAACUCUGGACCAAUCAGAAUGCAGAGGGCUUGGGAAAGGAACCAAACCUCAUCUCUUUCCAUUCGUCUUCCUCAUUGGACGGUUCUGUUGCUACUGUAGUUACGAGAGUGUCGACCCCACCACCUGUACCUCCAAAAUCAGAUGCUGUGAGAGAGGAGUGUCGUUACUUGAUCGCCCCUCCGGUCCCCCCUCGUUGCUCUAAAGGAGGCUCCAUCUCCAGUCCGGCCCCCAGUCCUCCGGUCCCACCUCGGUUUCCCAAGACCUCCUCCUCCUCCCCCAGACCAAACCUCUCCUUCUACUCCUCUGGACUGCAGGACAGCUGCUCGCCCUCUCCAGAUGCUUCUCUCUACUGUUACCCCUGCUCCUGGGCCGACUGCCCGGCUCCUAAUCCCACCAGUCCUGAGCCAGUCCCCACCCCCCCUGCAGACAGCACAGCCAGUCCUCAACCAGCGCAGGCCACCUGGGCAGAGCCGUGGGUGGAGUCCUUCACCUCCGGACCUCGACUCAGGCCGCCUCCUCCACAGAGCCGAUUCGCUCCCUUUGGGGCGUUGAACCCCUUCAACCGUCAGUCCCCCUGCCCCUCACCUGAGCCCACCACCAAUCCCACUACAGAUUCAUCCAGAGGUGCAGAAGGAGGUGGGACAUCCACAGCCGUGACUGAAGGCCUGUCCCCACCCACAGAUCCCACCUGGAGGCCUCCUUCUGACCUGUCAGCACUGUCGCUGGAGGAGGUGUCGGCCUGCCUGAGGUUCAUCGGCCUAUCAGAGCAGCAGGUGUCUGUGUUCCAGAGGGAGAGAAUUGAUGGCAGCCUGCUGGUGCAGCUGACUGAGGACAUCUUGUCACAUGACUUCCACCUGAGCCGACUCCAUGUAACCAAGAUCACACAGUUCAUACAGGGCUGGAGGCCCAAGAUCUAACACACAGCUGUCCUGAUAAUGUGCCUGUUGGCUACUGAGCCGUCCUCAAUGUGCCUUCCACUGUGACCAACCGGCUGCUGAGCCUCAACGACUGAAGCUGAGACUUUGCUGAGACGCCACACCACCCUGUGGUCCAACUAUGAAACUGACACUUUAUUGGGAGUCUGACUAUCUCUCCUGUCUCAGUAUCAGACUGGGAAUACUUUACUAACAAAUGGCUGCAACAGAAAGCUACAUUAUGAAUUGUUUCAGUGUUUCUUUGAGAAACUCAAACACAUCUGAAUCAGGCUGAAUCCCAUGCUGUGGUGCUUUGAAAGUAAAUAACUCUGUAAAAUCCAAAAUGUCAAGACAACACACCUUCUGCUUUUUACAUGUUGCAUUACUUCACCAUAGUGGGGGGUUGACUGUGAGCUUUUGCAAUAUAAGGUGCAUUAAGGAAAUCACAGCCUCAGAUUUUCACCUGUGGGAUUGUAAAAACAUGGAGCCUAUAUUGCAGAGUUGCCAGAUGGAAAAAGUAUAACACAGCUUAAAAAUUACCGUAUUUUGAGCAAUCUCGAGCCAAACGUUACACAUUUGUAUGGGGUAAUACUGCACUGGCCCUUAUACUACUGUAUUUCAUACUAAAAAAUUCAGGCAUUUAAGUUAAUGCCACCAUACUGUAAAUGAUAUUCAAUAAAAAAGUACAGGUAUGACUGGCUACAAAGAUGCCCUGCAUUACAGACACAGGAUCUACAUUUUACUAUCCUGAUCAUGUCAGGAAAUUAAUUUAAAUGAGAUAUUCUAGACUGUAAUACUACUAGUUCUUGACAUCAAAGUGAUCAAAUUCUCAUGCCCUUGGCAUUAUUGAGCAUAUAUUAUAUAGACAGACAAAUAUGAUAAUUACGGUACAUCUGGCAAUGUUAUUGUCUUCUGAACAGGUUUCAUCCACAGCCCUUAUCAUUUGUGAUUCAGUGGCCUGCAUUCAACAUUAAUAAGAAUCUGAAAAAUAUUUAUAACAAAAUAAGGAAAAUGAAGACACUGACAUUUCCUCUCAAAGUGUCUUUUGACAUUGCUGUCUGUACAUUUGUGUGUCUGUAGUCGGACAUACAAAUGUAUUGCCUGUGUGCUGCCAUGCCCGUAAUUGAAAUAUAAACUGACUCAGAAAUAGAGAACUCACAGUAUAAAAUCAGAUUUAGCCAUGCAUAAUAAUACAUGUAAGUUCUUGUAAGCUUUUGUUUUUAAUUCAGCAUCGCAACAAAAACACUGCCUGAAAGAACUACAUACUUUUCUUAAUGCAAGAAAAAGCAUUAUAGCAGCCCCAUACGAGAUGAUACAACUGUUACUAAUGUUGCAUGUGAUAAACCUACUGCUGUGAUUAUCCAGUAGUAAAAUAAAAAAGGCAUUUUGUUAAGGAGAGGGAAGUCUGGGUGGUUCUACUUAGGUUGUUGCCCCUGCAGCCUGGAUCUGGAUGAGUAGAAGUUGAUGGAUGAUAUUAUUUUAAGUAAGAAAAUAUGCUUUUCAAAUUGUUCUUUCCAAAGUUGACAAAAACUAAAUCGGUAGUGAAUUUUAAUUUGUAGAUGUGUUAACCACAUAGGAGGGAGUUUUAUCUGCUACCAUAAAUAUACCUCUAAAUCUAACACCAAUUAUUGAAAUAAGCACAAAAGAAAAAAUGCUGCACAUUUGAUAUCAGCUGCAUAUACAAGGAGUCUCAUUAUUUAGACAAAAGCAAAAAUAAGCUCAGAUGAAUUAUGAUGAAAACGCUCUUCUCUAUAAAUCUGAUAGUGAUACAAACUGCACCUCUACAGGUUGUGGUAACAUGAGGCUAUUUUAUGCAACCGGAUAAAUGUGAAAAAAUGCAAUUAAUGUUGUAAAUGUCAACCAUGUUAAUUAAUUAUUGUGAUUUUCUUGUUGCCAUGCAAGCUGAUGUUCUCUCUUACCUUCAAUGCAGCUCUUUUAUUGUGUAUUCCCAACAUUUCAUGCACUGCAGCCUGAUGUUGAGGUGUUGAUAGUCCUUAUUAAACUGCAAGAAACCCUCCAGAGAGCAGGAAGCCUGGUGGAUUUGACAGACUGACCAAACUUCUUCUAAAAUCCACGCGCACUUCAACAUCUCCUCGGUCACUACACCUACAUAAUAAUGAUGUACUCUGUGAUCACAUAUCAGACAGGACGCUGUAAGCAGAUCAAUGAAAUAAAUAAGUGAACAGAAAAUAAAUAGAAACUUAAUGACC